AGUGUGACAGCGACCUGACAACAAGCUAUCGGAUGUGAGCCUCUGAUGAUAUGGGCACUGCGCUGGCAUUUAAAUUCUUCGGAUAACCUAGACUCAAAUGAGCAAAGCCUUACAAACAUUUCAUUGUCAUUAUACGUAUACUAUAAUCGUCUUUCUGCAUUCUCACUAUGCCGAGCAAUAAGCUUGAGAAACCUGACAAGCAGGAGGUCAAUGACAACGUGAAGGUGGUGGUGAGAUGUCGUCCCCUCAACCAGAAAGAGAAGAUGAUGGGCCACAAACAGGCCGUCGUUGUGGACGAGAUCCGUGGGACCAUAACAGUUAACAAACUGGAAACUCCACAUGAGCCUCCCAAGACAUUCACAUUUGACACUGUGUUUGGACCAGACAGCAAACAGCUGGAUGUCUACAACCUCACUGCCCGCCCCAUUAUUGACUCAGUAUUAGAGGGAUACAAUGGCACCAUUUUUGCAUAUGGGCAAACUGGCACAGGAAAAACAUUCACCAUGGAGGGUGUGAGAACAGUGCCAGAACUCAGAGGGAUAAUCCCAAACUCCUUUGCUCAUAUUUUUGGCCACAUUGCCAAGGCAGAGGGUGACACAAGGUUUUUGGUUCGUGUUUCGUACCUGGAGAUUUACAAUGAGGAAGUGCGAGACUUGUUGGGCAAGGACCAGAUGCAGAGGCUGGAGGUGAAAGAAAGACCAGAUGUUGGCGUGUAUAUCAAAGACCUCUCUGGUUACGUCGUGAACAAUGCUGACGACAUGGACCGGAUUAUGACGCUGGGACACAAAAACCGGUCUGUCGGUGCCACAAACAUGAAUGAACACAGCUCCCGUUCCCAUGCCAUCUUCACAAUCACCAUCGAGUGCAGCGAGAAGGGAGUGGAUGGAAACCAGCAUGUGCGCAUGGGAAAACUUCAUCUGGUCGAUCUUGCAGGCUCGGAGAGACAGGGCAAGACUGGAGCUACAGGUCAGCGUUUAAAAGAAGCAACAAAGAUCAAUCUCUCUCUCUCCACACUGGGUAACGUCAUCUCUGCCCUGGUGGACGGCAAGAGCACACACGUGCCCUACAGGAACUCUAAGCUGACGCGUCUGCUGCAGGAUUCACUCGGAGGAAACUCCAAGACCAUGAUGUGUGCAAAUAUAGGCCCUGCAGACUAUAACUAUGAUGAGACCAUCAGUACCCUGCGCUACGCUAACAGGGCUAAAAACAUCAAGAACAAAGCCAGGAUCAACGAAGAUCCUAAGGAUGCCCUUUUGCGCCAGUUUCAGAAAGAGAUUGAGGAGCUAAAGAAGAAACUGGUGGAAGGUGAAGAAAUCUCUGGCUCAGAGGGCAGUGGGUCAGAAGAGAUGGAUGAAGCUGAUGAUGAAGGAGGGGAGGCAGGAGAAGGCCGCAGGAGGAGAAGAGGGAGGAAGAAGGUUUCCCCGGACAAGAUGGUGGAGAUGCAGGCAAAGAUUGAAGAGGAAAGAAAGGCCUUGGAGGCCAAGCUGGACAUGGAGGAGGAGGAGAGGAACAAGGCCAGAGCAGAGCUGGAGAAGAGGGAGAAGGACCUUCUUAAAGCUCAACAGGAGCAUCACCUCCUUCUGGAGAAAUUGUCAGCCUUAGAGAAAAAGGUGAUCGUGGGUGGGGUGGACCUCUUGGCCAAGGCUGAGGAGCAGGAGAAGCUCUUGCAGGAGUCCAACAACGAACUAGAAGAACGUCGCAGGAGAGCGGAGCAGCUGCGUAAAGAGCUGGAGGAGAAAGAGCAAGAACGUCUGGACAUAGAAGAGAAGUACACUAGUCUGCAGGAGGAGGCUCAAGGAAAGACCAAGAAGCUGAAGAAAGUAUGGACCAUGCUGAUGGCUGCCAAAUCAGAGAUGGCAGAUCUGCAGCAAGAACAUCACAGAGAGAUUGAGGGACUCCUGGAAAACAUUCGCCAGCUGAGUCGCGAGCUGCGGCUUCAGAUGCUCAUCAUAGACAACUUUAUUCCCCAGGAAUACCAGGAGAUGAUAGAGAAUUACGUGCACUGGAAUGAGGACAUUGGAGAAUGGCAGCUGAAAUGUGUGGCAUAUACUGGCAACAAUAUGAGAAAACAGACCCCUGCUCCAGACAAAAAAGAAAAAGAUCCUUUUGAGGUGGAUCUGUCCCAUGUGUAUCUGGCCUACACAGAGGAGAGCAUGCGGCAGUCUCUGAUGAAACUAGAGAGACCCCGAACCUCUAAAAGUGGCAAGAGCGGUCGACCCAAGACUGGGCGAAGGAAAAGAUCUGCAAAGCCAGACGCUGUGAUCGAAUCCCUCCUGCAGUGAAGACAGCACAGAGGAGAGCUUGCUGUCACUGCAACUUACAUGUUACUUUAGGAAAUAGGUCAUUAGGCGAGAAUUUAUUGUUAAACAUUAUUUAAAAGAUUAUCUGAAUACACUGUAUAGCUGGUAACGUUUUAAAUGUGAAUGAGCUGCACCUAUGACAGGAUCAAGACCUCUUGGCCACGGGGACCUGUUAUUUGUAAUAUAGUGACAGACCUCUCUGUGGGUGUCCAACAUUUUCAUGUCGCUCGGGAACGCGUUUCGGUGGCAGCAGCUUCUGUUUAAAUUAAGCUCUUUUACCUCUAGCAUUAAGGAGGAACUCACCAUAAACACAUUUCACUUGCAACAUCACUGGUUUUGAAAAUGACCAACAAUCUGAAAGAAGAUGUUGAAAACAGAAUUGUGGACAUGAACUAUAAAGUGCAUUCGUUUCCUCUGAAACUUGUUGAGUGUAUUUUAACACACUAAGUGUUUUGUGAUUUCUGUAUGACUGAUUUCCUGUGAGACACUGAGUCUGAUUAAAGGGUCCGUGCUGAUAUGAAUACACUAUAAUUGAAUUCUAAUUGAAAUUAAAGCCAGUGAUUCUGCUCUGAGCACAAGCUGUAACCCUUAGUGCUUCUUCCCAUUGAAAACAAGAGAUCAUCAACAUGGAGAGAGUCGAAGAUAAAGACUAAUGUGGCAGGAACAAGGAAAGGAGGGUAUGUAGAAUCAUGUAUGAAACUGAAAAGUGCAUUUCAUAAUUUUUGCUGUAGGUCAGACACAUAGGGGCGUGCAUGCCAGCCGGCUUUUAUGUUAGUGCCAUUUGCUAAUCUGAGCAAGUUGUCUUUUUAUUCAAAUGUGAGAUCCCUUUGUGUUAUGUGGAAAUACACUAUACAUACUGUAUGCCUUAGUCUGAUGCACUAGUGUGAGCUUUUUGUGGAGAGAAUUUGAUUUCAUGAUCUGUAGUGGAGGCAAACUGACUUUUAUUUUGUACCAUAAUGUAUGUCAAAUGUUUACGUCCACCAAACCCCCUGGAUAUUUUAUUUAUUAAAUUAUUUUACACGUUUUAUCUCA